GGCCGCCGAGCCCUGAAUGGCGACGGAGGCCGCGGAGAGAGGCACCGAGGGACCGCCAGAGAGCAGCGCCUGAGCACCGCGGCCGCUGCUGACAACAACCCCGGCCAAAAUAAAAACAUGGACGGGAGGCGGACCGAUCCCACCCGAGUCUCUCAGUUGGAGCAGGAGCUGUAUUACCUGAUCGCCCGCUUCCUCCUGUCUGGACCCUGUCAGAAGUCGGCACGGGUGCUGAUCCAGGAGCUGGAGGAAUAUCAGCUGAUGCCGAAGCGCCUGGAUUGGGAAGGCAAGGAGCAUCGUCGGAGUUUUGAGAGCCUGGUUUUAGCCAAUAAACACGUGUCUUCAGAUCACUUGCUGCAAAUGUGUCAGAGAAUUGGCCCACUUUUGGAUAAAGAGAUCCCGCCCAGUGUCCCUGGAGUGCAGACAUUACUGGGAGUGGGACGGCAGUCAUUAUUGCGAACUACAAAAGAUUGUAAACGUGUAGCAUGGAAAGGCUCUGCUUUUGCUGCCCUUCAUCGUGGCAGGCCACCGGAACCACCUGUAAAUUAUGGGAAGUCUCCAAAUAUUGUCAGCGUCAUCAAUGCCAAGCAGUUAACAGGAUGUGGACGUCGCAGCCAUGUUUUCCCAGUUGUUGUGUACCAGCAUGUGAAAAUGUACAAAAGGACACUUGGGCAUCUUUCCUCUGUGUACUGUGUAGCAUUUGACCGUACAGGGAGGAGAAUUUUCACGGGUUCAGAUGAUUGCUUGGUGAAAAUUUGGGCCACAGAUGAUGGACGACUCUUGUCAACUCUGCGUGGGCACUCGGCUGAGAUCUCUGAUAUGGCUGUUAACUAUGAGAAUACACUGAUUGCUGCAGGCAGCUGUGAUAAAGUGAUUCGUGUUUGGUGCUUGCGUACAUGUGCUCCAGUUGCUGUGUUACAAGGGCAUACAGGAUCCAUAACCUCUUUAUUGUUUUCUCCAGGUACCAGAGGGACAACACGGUAUUUGACAUCCACAGGAGCUGAUGGGACCAUCUGCUUUUGGCAGUGGAAUACAGAGACCGUCAAAUUUAAUGAACAUCCAAUGAAAUUUGCAGAUAGAUCGAGACCAGGAAGUCAAAUUUCUUGCUCCUCUUUCAGUUCUGGUGGGAUGUUCGUAGCAACUGGCAGCACAGAUCAAGUGAUUAGAGUUUAUUACUUGGGUUCCGGCUCACCAGAAAAAGUUUCUGAGCUUGCAUCACAUACGGAUAAAGUGAUUGCUAUCCAGUUUUGCAACAAUAGUCAGAGUUUGAGAUUUGUUAGUGGUAGCCGUGAUGGGACAGCUAGAAUCUGGCAGUACCAGCACCAAGAAUGGAAAAGUACUAUUCUGGAUAUGUUUAUGAAAUUACCAGGAAAUAAUCCACUUCCGACAGAGGACAAAGUCAGUAAGCUGAAAGUAACUAUGGUAGCAUGGGAUCGCUCUGACCACAAAGUCAUCACAGCAGUGAACAACUUCCACCUGAAAGUGUGGAACUCCUACACUGGACAGCUGCUUCAUGUUCUUUCCGGUCAUGAUGAUGAAGUUUUUGUUUUGGAAGCUCAUCCGUUUGAUUCCAGGAUUAUGUUAUCUGCUGGGCAUGACGGCAACAUAUUCAUCUGGGACCUUUCAAAAGGUGCCAAACUUCGGAACUUUUUUAACAUGAUUGAAGGUCAGGGUCAUGGUGCUGUGUUUGAUUGUAAAUUCUCUGCAGAUGGGCAGCAUUUCGCAUGCACUGACUCUCAUGGACAUUUACUGAUCUUUGGAUUUGGCUGCAGUAAAUCAUAUGAAAAGAUCCCGGACCAAAUGUUUUUUCAUACUGAUUACCGUCCACUUAUCCGUGAUUCCAACAAUUAUGUCCUGGAUGAACAGACGCAGCAAGCACCUCAUCUCAUGCCGCCCCCGUUUCUAGUUGAUGUUGAUGGAAAUCCUCAUCUAACUCAAUACCAACGAUUGGUGCCUGGUCGGGAGAAUUGCAUGGAUGAGCAACUUGUUCCACAGUUGGGGUACAUGGCAAAUGGUGAUGGUGAUGUAGUGGAGCAGGUCAUCAGCCAGCAGACAGAUGAUCAGUAUGAGAAUGACCAAGAGCCCAGCCUUCUUGAUGAUGCUGUCAGGGAGCUCCAACGAGAACAUGACCUGAGGCAAGGAAACCAAGGAGCAGCUGUGUCGGGUGGCCCUUACAGUAGCUCAAACUUGCUGAACAGUGCCUUGCUGUCCCCCAUUGGACUUCGCCGAAGUGGUCAAAUAGAAGGUGUUCGCCAAAUGCAUAAUAAUGCCCCUCGGAGUCAGAUGGCUACAGAGAGAGACCUGAUGGCUUGGAGCCGAAGGGUUGUAGUCAUGGAGCUUCCACCUGGAAUUAGCAGGUUUCAGGAGGAACUUCGACUAGGUAAAGGCGAUGGAGAAAUUAACUUGUACACAAUUGAAAAGAAACGUAAACCACUACAACCAACACAGAAGAGUGAUGGUCAGGAAUUUUUCCAGCGUGUGGGGAGGCGGACUCAACGUCGUAACCAACAUUUCUACCACACGCGUUCAACUGUGGAACGCCGAACUUGUAGUAUUCGUCGGAUAGAAGAAUCUAAUAACUCUUCUGAGGAAAUGGAAACAAUAGAUGGGAGUGAUGGGUCAUCUGAUGAAGCUGAAGAAGAGUGGCAGAGUGAGAGCAGUUCUAGUGAUUCAUCAAGUGAAUAUUCAGAUUGGACGGCAGAUGCGGGUAUUAACUUGCAACCACCCAAACGAUUGGUGAGACGAAUAGUACAUCAUAAUAGCAGCUCUGAAGAUGAGAAGCUGGGAGAAAGAUUGACUCUAAAACGCAAGAAAUCCAAACAGUCCAAACAGAAGAGGCCAAGUGAACUCCUUGCCAUGGAAGGUGCACCUUCUGAAGAAUGGAUUCCUCCAUCUUGGAUCCGUGAUACUACACCACGCAGGUCACCAUUUGUACCACAAAUGGGGGAUGAGGUUGUAUAUUUUCGACAGGGGCAUGAAGCAUAUGUGAAAGCUGUUAAAAAAGCAAAAGUCUAUAGUGUAAACCUUCAGAAGCAACCGUGGAUCAAAUUAGAACUGAGAGAACAAGAGAUUGUAAAGGUGGUUGGCAUCAAGUAUGAAGUUGGGCCCCCUACUUUAUGUUGUUUGAAGCUUUCUCUUCUAGACCCCAUCACUGGCAAAAUGACUGGUGAAUCUUUCUCUCUCAAGUACCAUGAUAUGCCAGAUGUCAUUGACUUCUUAGUAUUGAGACAAUUUUAUGAAGAAGCAAAAAAGAGAAACUGGCACGUUGGAGACACGUUUCGCAGUAUAAUAGAUGAUGCUUGGUGGUUUGGAACAGUGCAGAGUCAGCAGCCCUUUCAGCCUGAAUAUCCUGAUAGUUUAUUCCAAUGUUACAAUGUUUGCUGGGAUAAUAAUGAGUUGGAGAAGAUGAGCCCAUGGGACAUGGAGUCCAUUCCUGAUGAUGCUAUCUAUCCUGAAGAAAUUGGUGCCAGUGUCCCUGUAACUCCAGAAGAACUGAAGCGCCUGUUAUAUAAACCUCAGGAGGGUGAAUGGGGAUGUGGUUCUGCAGAUGAAGAACAUAAGCGUAUCAUUCAGGGAAUCAGUCAACUGAUGACACUUGAAAUGGCUGCACCAUUCUCUGCUCCUGUGGAUCUCUGUGCCUAUCCGCUGUAUUGCACUGUGGUUGCGUAUCCAACAGACCUAAGCACCAUCAAGAAGAAAUUAGAAAAUGGGUUUUAUAGGACUGUUUCUGCCCUGAUGUGGGAAGUAAGAUAUAUUGAACAUAAUGCUAGGACUUUCAAUGAGCUUGACAGUCCUAUUGUCAAGUCUGCCAAGUUAAUUACAGAUACAUUACUUCAGUUCAUUGGGGACCAGAGCUGCACCAAUAUGUUAGAGCUGUAUGAAAAAGUUAAGACAGAGGAACUUAGCAGUGAUGAAAAUGACAAGGAAAUAGCUGCAGAACUAGAUUCUGACGCUCCAGGAACCUCCUCAGACACAAUACAUCGGCUCCCAAGGCAAUUGAACAGAAGGCCUGCAUUCAGUACUGAUGCGAAUGCUUGGAAAGAGCAAUGCAGAGAAUUUCUGAACCUCAUGUUCCAGUGUGAGGACUCUGAACCUUUUAGACAGCCAGUGGAUCUCUUUGCAUAUCCUGACUAUCGCGAUAUCAUCGAUGUUCCAAUGGACUUCAACACUGUAAAAGAAACACUAGAAGAGGGAAAUUACGAAACCCCUUUGGAGUUCUGUAAGGAUGUUCGGUUAAUAUUCAGCAAUGCCAAAGCCUACACACCCAACAAGAAAUCAAGGAUAUACAGUAUGACACUCCGGUUGUCUGCCUUAUUUGAAACGCAAAUUAAAAGAAUAAUUUCAGACUACAAGUCUGCCUUGAAGUGCCAAAAAAAGAAUAAACCACGACAGAAGUACAGAAAGAGGUUCAAAAGCAGCAGCAGCAGCAGCAGUAGCAGCAGGAGCAGUUCUCGGUCUGGGAGCAGGAGCAGUUCUCGGUCUGGGAGCAGGAGCAGUUCUCGGUCUGGGAGCAGGAGCAGUUCUCGGUCUGGCAGUGGUUCAGGUUGCAGUAGCAGAGCAUCCAGCCUAGCACAUGAACCAACAAACACUUCACCUAAGGCAGACCUGAAUAUCUUACCGUCCUGUUCAGUUAGAGCUAUUUCAUCAAGAACAACUCCAGUUUUGGAAACAGAAGUUCUUCCAGUAUCACUGAAUGAUGAAGUUGAGUAUCUCCAGCUGUCACCAUUCCCUGAAUGUGAAGUACAGAAUAGGAGUGGAAUUGGUUCAGUGUCUGGAUCUACUGGAGUAACUGGAAAUGACCCUAUGCCUACAGGGCAAGAUCACUUUUCAAAUGGUCCUUUAGUUAAUGGUCAUGGAAUACGUACUUCUGCAAAGAGGAAGGCAAUGAGUGAUUCAGAGGAAAGAAGUUUAGAGAAUCCAAACACUGGGGAGAUGGACGGCAUUGCACAAUUAGGCCCAGGGUCUGAAAGUGGGUCAGAGUCUGCUCCUGGAUCAGAUAAAGACCACAUUGAAGGAGAUCAUGAUUAUAGCAAGGCUGUGAGAAGAAAAACAACAAGGAAAGGAAAUAUAAAAAGCAAAGUAGUAAGGAGGAGGAGGCGGAGGAGGAAACGCUUCAGAUUUUCAAUACCAGCGAAUAAAUAUAAACGGGCAAAACUAUUAGAUGAUUGGUUUGAUGAAGACGAAUUGUGUGUUGAUCGAUUGAAUAAGUGCUCCACAAUUAGAACUAGAAACCAAGGUAGAAGGACGGUUUUAUACAAUGAUGACUCUGAUGACGAUGGCUUUGUCCCAGCUGGUGAACGUCUAAACCUUGGUAUGUCAAGAUCGGGAAGAAUGCGACGAAUGACAGAAAAGGCUAAGGCAAGUCAUUUAAUGGGAUGGAGUCACUGAUCAUAAAAGCAGAGAACAUUUCAAACUGAACUUAUUACAUUCGUACUGCAGGGAUAUGAUAUGCACAAUACAUUUAUUAAUUUAUGCGAUGGGGUUGGGGGGAGCUGGUGUGAAGGGAGCCUUUAUUUUGUUGUGGUGCUGAUCUCAUUAUCAAAAUGCACUUCAGUCUUCCAAACUUGCUUACCAUCUGCAGAAUCCAACCUCAAAGGCGGUGUAGCCUUAAUAUAUUUAAAGAUUUCUCUGAAGCCACUGAUGCGCAAAGUCACCAACAGUUAUGUAAUAGGAAAUACUCAUCUAUUUGCCGUAACACCUUGAACAUACCUGGGCAGUGUUCCUGAUCUUUCGCUUUUGAUGUGUCGAACACAGAAUUUGUUUCAAUUCUAGCCAUAACCUCUUAACCAUUCAGUAAUAAGCCUAUCCAAGUUUUUUGCACAGUUCUUCCGGUCUCAGUGGCAGCUAUUAAAGGUUUACAGUAUGAAUAUAAUUUACACUAAUUAUGAUUAUGACUUAUUUGAUCUGCACUGGCUUUUUUUCAAAAAUCAAGAUUGAAUUGUAAUAUAUGUUACAUGUUUACUUGUUUUUAUUUUGAAGUUGAACUUAACUUCACUGGUAGAUUUUGUCUUCUAGUGAUGGAAAUAAUGAGCAAAUAAUGAUUGGUGCCUUUCUAAUAUGCUGAAUUUAAUUUAAAUACUUGAGUGAUAUUGAUGAUGUUUUGCUUUAACUCUGUACAUGUUGAGGAAUAUGAAUUUCAAGCAUUCUGAAAUGCUUUUCAAAUGUUUACACCCUUCAACAUUGCAACAUUUAAAAAUACCUGUAAUUUGUGUUUUAGCUUUUAUGAAUUUGCUAUUUUAUUGGCUUUCAGGCCCAUAUUUUGUAUGCCGUCCUCCUUCAGCAAAAAAAAUACAGCAAGAACUGUUUCAUUGCUGACAAUGCUAUUCGUUGCUUAUCUUUGUCAUGUAACAUAUCUAAUUUAACGUCACUUGUCAGAAGGCAGACCUUGUAAUGGUGAAUGACCACAUCUAGAGCAUCAACCAACAAGAAAAUCUUUAUAGUUUUUCCAAGAACUUGGAUAUGACUUCAAACUGCUUUCCGUCAUGAAAAGAUUCCUAAGUCACUGUAUGCUUUGCCUGCAUAGCAGUUCUAGUUUCCCUGUCUUUUUGUCUGUUUCUCUUUCCCUGUCAGUGUGUCUCUCUUUCUCUUUUAUUCCCCUCCCCCCAACCCAUCUGUCUGUCACUCCCUCUCCCUCUAUUUAUUUCCCUCUCUUUCUUUUUUUGCUCUUCUCUCCAUCCUGAGUUGACCCCCAGGUUAGUAAAUCCACAAUUAGAGUUUAAACUGUUGGAAUUGGAUUGAAAAUUGGACUAAUGCCUUUCAACAGUGAAGAAAUGCUUUGGGCGGUCUUGAAUCUGAAGUCUUAUUCUCCCAAAUAAAGUAUUUUCUUCAUUUGUAAUGUAAAUCUGCGCUUUAAAAAUUAUUUUUUACAAACUAAGUACACUUUAAAGCAUUAUCAUAUUUAUUUUAUGGCUGGUUUCUGUUCACAUUUGACAUCAUUUUCUGUUUGUAUGUAUGUGAGUACUGAGCUUGAUAGGUGAAAUACCUGUUGUUUAUAUAGAGAGAACCAGCUAUAUUACGUUAAUGUUCUGUAGGGAGAAGAAAAUGAUUACACGAUUUUCUGAGAAAAUCAUAAUGUUAUCAGUGUAUGUGAAUACACCUUAGCAAAUUCUACUAAUUGCAUUUUCCCUGCAGUUUACAUAUGGCAUUAGCUUGACAGAGGUGCUGUAAAAUUGUUUAAAUGAUUUUUCAUGCAAAGCGUUUCACUAAAGUUGCUUGAGGAACAAUAACUUAUGCAAUCAAAGGUUGUAUGGGACAAAUCUGUAGUCCUGUUUAUUUUUCUACAGAAUCUGUGCAUUGUGCACAUGGCUUCAUUAUUUUGUAUAAAUUAUACAAAUCUUUAUAAAUCAAUUUGUUUUUUGUAAAAUGGCCUAAUUAUGUCCGCACAAUCAAAGGUUCAGUCUUGAGUACAUUUUAAAAAUGUAUAUUGCUCACAGCAAGUGUUGAAUUGCAACUCUAGUGAAAUGCCUUAUUAAUUAUUCUCCAAAGAUUUGAUGGUAGGAAGGUACUUUUUUAGUUUGAGUUUGUGUGUGUGUGUGUGUGUGUGCGUGCACGCGCGCGUGUGUGUAACCUUUCCUGUCUAUAAGAGCAUGCAGCAUAUUUCUUUUCUAAUCUGUGAAGAAAACCAUUGUAUUAACUUCUUUCAGUCCUUGCUGCCAAUUUGAGCCAAAAUCUCCAGGUAGGUGAUUUACACAUGGACCAGAUUGCAACAGUAAAUUGACGUUCAGGGGACAUGAUUUCAUCAAAUUGUUAAUUUUGGUGGCAGUCUCUAUUUAUAAAUGUACCCAUAUAAAUAUAUUUUAAGAAGUCAGCAUUUCAGGGAUUUUUCUUGCCUUUUGGGCAGACCAAAUGUAAUGUUGAUAUGCAAUGUUUUACUGUGAG